AUGAUAAAAUUUAUGAAAUUAAAAAGGGUCCAUAUUAAUUUAAUAAUAAUACUUAUAAUAUAUAUUGCAUCCAUAAAGAUAUAUAAUGUAAGAAAAGUGGAAUGUAUACAUUCGAGAAACCAUAUUAUUAAUAAUAAUAUAAACUUUCAAAGUGGAAAAGGUAAUAGGCUAUUUUUUUUAGUCAAUAAGAAAAAUAUAUUCAAAGGGAUUAACAAUAUUUCCUAUAAAAUAAAAAAUAGGAAGAAACAUUUUUAUAAGAAUGAUAAGGAUAAUAAUAUUUUAAUAAAUUCCUUUGAUGUGCCUUAUAAGGCAAAAGAAAUAAAAAGUAGUGACCAUAAGAUAACUAAAAAGUUAUCAAAAUUUUUUUCCUCUUUAAAUUUUUUUAAAAAAGGAAGUGAACAAGAAAAUAGUAUUAUCGGAUAUGAAAGGUUCAAUGUUUUAAAGUGUGGUUACAAUAAAUCUGAGGGGAAUAUAAUUACAACAGAUUUAGAUGAUGACAGUGGAUUAGAUGAUCAAAGAGAAGAUGAUAUGGUUAAUGAUGAUAUAUAUAAAAGUUAUGAAAAUAAUAAUAAUAAUAAUAAUAACAAUUUUGAUGAUUCUAAUAAUAUUAGGAAUGAUGAUAUAAACAAAGAUUAUAAUAACUCUUCAAAUAAUGAGACAGUUAAUAAAAAUGAAAAAAUAAAUAAAAAAAGAUAUUAUAAAUUUAUGUCAUGGAAUAAUACAAAAGAAAUUAGAAGUUUUGACUUAAAAAAAUAUAAUAUACAUAAUGAAGAUAAGAAUGAAGAAAGACCUCAAUAUUUCCAAUCUGCAUUUUAUUCUUCAAUAAAAAAAGUAUCUGAAAAUACGAAUCAUAUAAAUAUUAAAAUAAAUAAAGAACUAGUUAACGCUCUAUCAGUUGAAGAAAUAUUAAAUGUGUUAGAUAAAUAUUAUAAUUAUUCAAAUUAUAAAAAUAUAAAAAAAAAAAAAAAAAAACAUAUUUUUAAUGAGGUUAAUAUUGUUACAGCAUAUCAUAGGAUAGCUAAACAUGUUAGAAAUAAAAGUUUUUAUAAAAGAAAUAAUUUUGAUGAAGGAGAGUAUUCAAUAAAUUCAUGCUUUGAUACAAUAACAUCUAGUUUGUUUGAGAAUUAUUCAAAUGUGGAUGAUUCCCCUAGAGUAUUCGAUUUGUCUUCUAAGAAGGAUGAAAAGGAGUUAGGCUCGAACAAAGAUAAUAUUGAUGAUAAGAAUAUACAUAUAAAUGAUGAUGAUAAGAAGAUACAUAUAGAUGAUGAUGAUAAGAAUAUACAUAUAGAUGAUGAUGAUAAGAAGAUACAUAUAGAUGAUGAUGAUAACCAGAAACAUAUUGAUGAUGAUGAUAACCAGAAACAUAUUGAUGAUGAUGAUGAUGAUAACACAUAUGUGCAUGAUUCUAAUGUGAACUCCGAAAAAAGAAACAAUAAUAAUGAAGAGAAUAAAUAUAAAGACCUCUUGAGCAGUAGCCACAUGAACCUAUACGAAAAAGUAGAAACAUAUAGAAAUAUAUAUGAACUAUUAAAAGAUAAUUUAUCAAUUAAUAAUAAUAAUAAUAAUAAUAAUAAUAAUAAUAAUAAUAAUAAUUGUGAUGAAUCUGUUAUAACAAAACAUGUAGCAAAUAUUGCAUGGGCUUCAUCUGUGUUAUCUAAUAAUGAUCCUGAUAUAUGGAAAUACGUAAAAAAGCAAUUUUAUAAAAAUAUUAAUAAUUUUAAAGCACAAGAGAUUUCUAUUAUUAUAUGGUCCUUUGGUUCUAUAAAAAAUGAAUUAAUAGAAACCGAAGAAGAAUUUCAUUUAUUAUUUAAUUGUAUUAAAAAAUAUAUAAAUGAAAAUAAAUUUAAAGCUCAAGAAUUUAGUAAUAUAAUAUGGUCUUUAGCUGUAUGUAAUUAUUAUAAUUAUGAUAUGUUAAUUCUUUUAUAUAAUUAUGCCAUUAAAAUUUUUGAUAAGUUAUUAUUAAAAGAUAUAUCUACAAUAUUGUAUAGUUUAUCUCUUUUUUCGUCUGAUUGCAUAAAUAAUAAUAUUCUUGAUGUUAUUAAAAAAAAUCAUUUUUUUAAAUAUAAUAUAAAAGAUGAUUAUUUAACAAUAAACAAAACAGAAGAAAAUAAUGAUCAUACUAAUAAACUCAAUCUAGAGAAUAUAAAACCAAAUGAUAUAAAAGAUGAUCAUAAUAUAAUAAAUAAUAUACAAGAUAAAUUUAAUACAAAUGUAAAUAAUAAUAUAAAUCAUAAAAAAUAUGUGACAUAUUUAUUAUUUGAAAAUUUUCUCACUUAUUCAUUAAAUAAAAUUGAAAAUGAAAAAGAUAAAAUGAAUAUGAGGAACUGGUCAAACAUUUUCUGGUCAUGUGCAAAUAUUGGAUUGGGUUUAUAUAAGGAUAUGUAUAAAGAUCACAAUGAGUUGCAAUAUUAUAUUUUUCAUAUGAACAAAAAGGAUAAUGAUAAUAUAAAUGAAAAGGGUGGUAAUGAUACAUAUAAUGAUAAUAUAAAUGAAAAGGGUGAUAAUGAUAUAUAUAAUGAUAAUAUAAAUGAAAAGGGUGAUAAUGAUACUUAUAGUGAUGAUAUAAAUGAAAAGGGUGAUAAUCUUCCUUAUAAUAAUCCAUUCGAAUAUGUAAAUACCAAUAAUGAUUAUAAGAACAAAAGUAUGGUCCAAUAUAAUCAUAAUCAAAAUGAUAAUAAUAAAAUAAAUAUAAAUAAAAAUGUUAUAUUUUACUAUAAAGAUAAUGAUGGAAUAUAUCACUUACAUGGAUAUACAAACAAUUGGGAUAUAUCACCAUCAAAUAAUAAUAGUAAUAUAUUUUAUGAAGAAGAUAAAAAUAUGAAUAUUAAUGUAGAUGAUUACUCUUGUGAUUCUAAACCAUAUGUUCAUAUUAUCCAUGAUGAAUAUGUAUUUCCAUUAAAAUACUUUUAUGAUGAAAAGAAAUAUAAAAAUCAAUUUAGUAUGCAACUUAAUAAAGUAGGUAUAGAUACUGACUUGGAUAUAUAUAAUGAUAAUAUCAAAACAAAAAAUAAAUUGAAUAAUAUAAAAGAUGAUAUAACUUAUAAUCAAAAUGAUAAAAAUGAUAAAAAUGAUAAAAAUGAUAAAAAUGAUAAUAAUAAUAAUAAUAAUAAUAAUAAUAAUAAUAAUAGUAAUGUAUCAGGUCAAGAUAUCAAUAUAGUAAACCAUAAUUUUAAAAACACUUUAAAUAAUAACCAUUUAAAUAUUGAGCAUACAAAUUAUUCCUUAUUCCUUAACGAAAUAAGUAAUAAAAAAAUUAACCUUUAUAAUAAUACAAAUAAUAAUGCUAUUAUAUUAAAACUAUUAUAUAUGUUUGAAUCACAAAUUAAAGAUAAAAUUUUGAAGUGGACAAAAUGUGAUACACAAUCUAUUGCUAACAUUUUAUGGAGUUUAUCAAUAUUAAAUGUAUUUUCAAAAAAUAUUUUUGAAGAUGGUUUAUAUGAAUGUAAUAAAAGAUUUAUUAAAUGCGGAAAAAAAAAGAAUACAACCAAAGUAAAAAAUUUCAUAUCACAAUUACAUCAAUCACAAUUAUAUCAAGCUGCAUUUUCUUAUUGUCUUUAUUUAUUAAAUAAUGAAAAACAUAUAGAUAAGUUAUUAAAAAAUAAAGAAAAUUAUAAAAAUGAUAUCAUCAUAAAUAAUGACAUCAAACAAAAAAUACAUGCCAUCUUUGAAAAAUAUUUUAAAGUAUCUAUUAAUACAUUAAAUAUAUGGAAAAAACAAUUAGCACGAAAUCAAAGGAAAGAACAAAAAAAUCUUAUAUCAUCUUCAGUGCAUAAAAAAAUAUCCAAUGACUUAAGGAGAUUGAAUAUAUUUCAUUAUAAUGAAUUUUUUAUUUUGGAUUCCAUUCUGGUUGACAUAUUUAUACCCCAUUCGAAGAUUGUCAUAGAAAUUGACGGACCUAACCACUUCUUUCAGAAAGGUGAAAUGAUUAUAUACAAAGCAAAUACAUUAUUUAAAAAAAGAUUGCUCAGAGAACUAGGUUAUACCGUAAUUUCUGUUCCAAUUAGCGACUAUACAUUUAUGUUCAGUGCCUUGGAUACCAUGCAUUUUACCAAAAAACUUUUAGACAAAGUAAAUUAUAGUCCAUAA